AUGGACAACAAGGUUGACCUGAAGAUUCCUUUCCGCCAGGUCGCGUUUGGAACAACCUACAUUUGCAACCUUGGUUCCAAGUCGAUUGUUGGGAAGUAUGGAAAUGUCAGCAAUGGCAACUGGUCAAUGGGCGGGGAGAAGCAGCCCACACUACUCCGCCCGCACAGAACACAAGCAGCAGAAGGCCACUUUCCGUAUUUUCUCUCCCCAACACCCUUCACCAUCGCCAUGUCGCACCACGCCCGCAUCGAGGAGCUGUCUGACUCCGACCCCGAUGAGGUCGCUCCCUCGGAGUCCCUUCCCAGCGACUUCGUCAUUGCCCCGGCCUCCGCACCUACGGCCACCCCAAGCCCACCCGUGGCCCAGAUGCCCCAGAUGCCCCAGAUGCCCCAAAUGCCCGAGCCUCAGCCCCAGCGUGAAAUUCCCAGACAUUACCAAUGCCUGUACCCCGUCUAUUUCGACAAGACCCGUUCCCGCGCGGAGGGCCGCAAGGUUGGAACAGAACUUGCAGUCGAAAACCCGCUGGCUCGAGACAUUGUGGACGCCGUACAGAUGCUAGGAUUGAAAGUCGCCUUGGAGCCCGAGAAGCUACACCCGAAGGAUUGGGCGAAUCCUGGCCGGGUGCGUGUGCUCUUGAAGGAUGAGAAUGGCCGCCUGAUGAACUCCAACAUCAAAAAUAAACACCAUCUUUUCAUCAUCGUCGCGCAAUACCUGAAAGCUCACCCGACCAACGAACAAUCCCCAUACCGACUCCGCAUUCGUGGCCUCCCGACCCCCGAGAAACUCCCAGAAGCUCCCCAGGCUCCGCGUGGUUGGAAAAUCGGAACCAUCUUGCCCAUUCAUUCGCCUGCAUACAGUGGAGGUGGCGUGAGCGAUAACCCGUUCAAAGAAGCCAUGGCGGAACUGCAGAAUAUGCAGGGGAUGCCCGGUAUGCCUUCGAUCCCAGGAAUGCCUGGCAUGCCUGGCAUGUCUGGCGAGAGCUCGGGAGCCGACUCGGAUAAGAAAAAGAAGGACAAGAAGAAGGGCAAGGCUUGA